ACGUCUUUAGAGAUCGAAUGAUCAAACGAUUUCAACUAUAUUACCUCAUUUGUUCUGUUGAUUCAUGGGUUGUUAUAGUUGCUAAACAUCAUGACCAAAUUCAAGAACUUCUUUCACCAGCUCACCAAACCCUGCAAGUCCAAUUGCACAGGUACAACGGAAGAUUUAGAAAAGGUUCCUGCUCAAGAACAGAAGAUUUUCACUUUUCAAGCCCUAGUUUCUGCAACAAACAACUUCGAUAAUAAGCUUGGUCAAGGGGGUUUUGGCCCUGUUUUCAAGGGAAAAUUGGAAGAUGGUAGGGAGAUUGCUGUGAAGAAGCUCUCACAGACCUCAAAACAAGGGAAAAGGGAAUUCACGAACGAGGCCAAACUAUUGGCUUGCAUACAGCAUCGAAACGUUGUGAGCUUGUUGGGAUAUUGUGCAUUCCCAGAGAAGCUUUUGGUAUACGAAUAUGUCCUUCACGAGAGCCUCGAUAAACUUCUAUUCAAAUCUGAAAAGCGGGAUGUACUUGAUUGGAAGCGGAGAUAUUCCAUAAUUGUUGGCGUUGCACAAGGUUUGCUUUAUCUUCAUGAAGACUCACACGAUCGCAUCAUCCAUAGAGAUAUAAAGGCCAGCAAUAUUCUAUUGGACAAAAAAUGGAGACCCAAGAUUGCGGAUUUUGGCAUGGCCAGGCUCUACCCUGAAGAUAAAACUCAUGUUAACACCCGUGUAGCCGGUACCAAUGGAUAUAUGGCACCAGAGUAUGUGAUGCAUGGUAAUUUAUCAGUGAAGGCGGAUGUAUAUAGUUUUGGCGUAGUGGUUCUAGAGCUCAUUAGCGGUCAGAAGAACUCUACAUUCAAUCUCGAUGACUGCCAAAAUCUACUCGAUUGGGCAUAUAAGCUAUAUGAGAAGGGCAAAGCUGUCGAAAUCAUGGAUCCAUCACUAGCCACUUCAGCUGACCCUGAUCAGGUGGCAACGUGUACACAAAUCGGAUUACUAUGCACCCAAUCCGACCCCCGGCUACGGCCCACAAUGCGUCGGGUUGCGGUGAUGCUAUCGAAGAAGUCAAGUUUGCUAGACGAACCAACAAAGCCGGGUUACCAGGGUACAGCAGGCAGAAGACCACACAGACACUCCGGUUCAUCCUCUUCCACCGGGAUUAGCGCCACAAAUUCUCAUUCUUCUAGGUCCACAACCACCACCACUGCCGUUGCCAGUGCCGCUAGCACGUCGGGUUUUGUGGGUUUGAUUUCAAAUCCUCAUCGUAGUCAUCCGAGUUCAAGUUUUGCGAGUUCAGUAUCAGAUCCUUAUGGCAAACGACCCAUCGAAUGUUAAAGAUUGAUCAGGAGAUUGUUGCAUUUUUUUUGUUUGUUUGUACAGAAGUCAUUUGAAGUGUACAUUUUAGGAAAAAGGGAGAUGUGAUGAUACAAGUUUUGAGUU